GAUAAAGUUUAAAAUAACUAUGCUGAGUUUGGAAUUGGACGCUGAAGUUCUUUCGGUACUCCCGGGAUUUCGAACGUUUGCCUUAAGACUUCAAAGAUGUCAGAAGGAAACAAAAUGCUGCAUCCUGAAUUCGCUGUUCGUCCAUUAAUGUACACUGGUUUGGGUGAUGUAAUUGGUUCUACUGUAUGGUCAAGUGAACAAGCAUCAUCAUUGGCUGCAAUUCCAGGAUCUAAAGUGGCAGAUUCAACUAACUUUCCACAUCCGGUAACUGAAUCUCUUGCAAAAUUUGGUAAAGCAGCUGAAAAAGCUAAUAGAAUGAGAGUUUUAGCUUCUGCUCAAGGUUUACAUGCACCAUUACGUUUAUCUAUGGAACAACGUAUAAUGCAACGUAUUCAACCUCGUCUACCUGGUUUAUAUUCUUAUCAUCCUUUGGCUAGUCAGCUAAAUGGAAGUUUAGAUGAGAUUGAUGUAGCUGACUUUAUUAAUCCUGCGGAAGAUUCUGAAUCUGUUGGAAUGCCCCAAUUAAUGAUAGAGCAUAAACUUGGUCUUUUGUAAAUGACAAUUGGUUUUCUCGAAUUGAAUGGAACAGUUAGUCUUUCUUGAAACUAUUAUUACAAAAAAAACUAAUAACGUAUAUUAUUCUACCAUCUUUGUAAGAAAUAAACAUGUCAAUUAUAUUUUUUAACAUCCAAUGUUGUUCAUGUCUGACUUCAUGAUCUUGCACAAAUCUUCAUUCCUUGUCUGAGAUGUGUAACUGUCGCACACUCGACACGGAUUGAACUCCACUGGUCGCAGCUUCUCACUAGAACUCCAGGAAAUCCAUCUUGAAACUAGUCACUAGUGAGCGCAUGAUUAUUAUCCCUGUACUAAUAAGAUAUUGUGUUUAUCAUGAAUAAUGGUUAUAUUCUCUACUGUCUUGCGUAUGUAUCUGUGCAUGAUAUGGUUAAUUUCAUCGUAUAGAAGGAUUAAAUCAGAAGUCUGAAGAGUUGUUGAACACACGAAUUACUUACUUAUGCCUGUUACCCCUUAUGAUGGAGCAUAGGCCACCCACCAGCAUUCUCCACCCAACUCUGCCCUGGGCAAUCCUUUCCAGUUGUAUUCGUUCCUUUGAUGUCUACUUCCGAUUCCCGACACAAUAUAUUCCUUGGUCUUUAUCUUUUCCUUUUCCCUUCGGGAUUCCAAGUUAGCACUUGCUUCGUGAUGUAAUUUGAUAAUUUCCGUAAUGUAUGUCCUAUUGACCUCUAGCGUGUUUCCUAAUUUCCUCUUCAGCUGGAAGCUGGUUCUCUCCCACAGUAAGCUAUUGCUGAUGGUAUCUGGCCAACACCGCCUGUUGCUCUUUUAGGUUUACUGCCGGCCCGGGCUGGGCAUGGGGUCAGCAACGCCAUCCCGUAUAAAACAAUCUUGAUAGAAAACACUAACCAGAAUGAAUAAAUGAAUUGCUUAGGAAACAUUCGUUUUACAUGUGUUAUUGUUUAGAUGCUAAAUGGAUGGCCUGAUCAUAAAAUAACUAAACAAUUUCGUAAUUGGUAUUUUGACGAAAUCCUAUCUUUUUAUAAAUCACUUGGUCAAAUGUAGCUGUAUUAGAUGUACAAGUGAAUACUUGUUGACUGAAAUUCAAGUCGAAAACUACGUUUAUUGCCGAAUCGGUUAAAAAAAUCAGUGAAUAUAUCCUAGAUUGAGGAUGUAGAAAUAGGUCAGAAUAUUGAAAGUAAGUUCAUUACGAUUGAUGUCUGUUAUGACUGUUCAUCGACUAAGGUGGCUGGAACAUGUGUUACGUAUGUCCAAUCAUCACCUACCUCGACAGACAAUGUUAUCUGCUGUAGGGAAAUAAGUUGGAGGAAACCUAGGAGCGACCAAACCAAGACGACUAUAUUCCAGGUGGGAUUUUAAGUAAUGAAGUUGGUAAUGUCAUUUUGGAUUUCCUUACGGAUGAUACGAAGAAGGUCACUACACAUACAUCAGAUACUCCACGACUACACUGAAAAACUAUCCGGAUAAAUAGAACAUAAGGAGCUAACUUAUGGUUCUGAAAACGCAAGACACUUCUUUCAGUGUGUUCAAUUUUAAAUAAGUCACUCAAAUUCAUCCGGCUACCAAGUUUGAACACUGGGUGGUAAUGUCGACGGACGCUUUUAGUGUCCAAGAUCAUUAAACAGUUGAAUUCAACUACCAUAAUGCUUUGUCACAGUGUUCGAGUCAUUUUCUUAAUUCUAAUGGAAUAGCGAUAUUGAGAAGUAGUCUACUAUUUAGACAUAGUACGAUGCUUCUUGUAGUGAUAUGUUGCAGAAGUUACACGCUAACACGUAAAAUUUGGAGAAUAGUUCAUAAAUGACGACCAAUAACGUAACCUAAUAACAAACUACAAUUUUUUAUUUCAGAACUGCGAGUUAGUGUAUCCCGGAUAAUUGUCUAAAUGCUUCAUAGUCAAACCUUUGAUUAUUUACUUUCAGCCAACAUAAAAUUGGCUAUCAGGAGUUGAAGAUGUUAACUGCAAAACUGAUUUCCAAGCCCCAUUCCGUAAACGGAUGCAUCCAUUUCCAUUAGGUAGCGAAAACAACCUUCUGCAUAUCCUGUUUGCAUGUAGCUCGUAGUGAACAUGUGUUUUACAAUACUCAGUUAUGCUUUACUGUAUAGUAUCCCGGCCUUAAUUGCUAAUCUGAUGUGGUGGCGUUGAGCUUACACGCUGUGUCAACCUGAUCGAAUCACAUUGGUUGGAAUACGUUGCUUCAGGUGCUACCAUGCUAGAUAAGUGUCAGUUGGAGAAAGGCAACAUGAAGAGCGACCAACUUAAAGCUUUAGACUAAACUGUUUUCGGGACGUGACAACCGCCCUCGUACUUCGCUUAACACUCGUGAUCACCUUGACUGAUUACUUGGUAGUUUUUGAUUUCCAUUCAAAGUGGACUAAAAUUAGACUGUACUAUUAAGAAUGGCGAAAUCUUUAUACAGUAUUAGUUAAGUUUUUCGAUGGUCUGGAAACUACAAUUCAUUUUUGACAACGGUCCCAGUUUACAUAACAAUUCUUUGUCUAUUUUUGCUACCGAUACCUCAUGAACCAUAUACAUCACCUUCCAUUCCAAAUGAAGUCGACAUAAGAAGUCUGGAACUCGACAGGACAAAAGUUUUAUAAUUUUGCAGGGAUUUUAUUAGUGUAGAAGAUUAAUUGCUAAUCUGUGAUUUACUUACAAUGCUAAUAGCCCACUUAAAUGCCGUCGUAUGGUCGAGGGUUGAGAGAAUCAGCUCUCCCUCUCGAAAUGCUCACACAUGUCCACGUGCAUACAACCAUUGCCAAGGAAGUCCUACUCACUGCCUUCUCACUUCUGGAGUGUUGCUUACAAAAUUGAGAGAACGAAAAGCAAAUGUCUGGUGCUUUAACGGGGGGUAGGUGGUUAUGGAGGAUCAAUUUAAAGGAGUUGGAAAACUCUCAUUCCAAACUAAUGGUGCACAUGGACUACAGGAUACUGAAGGAACAAAUGGAGCACAAACUUAUUGUUGGUCACCGGUUACCAUGAGACUACAUCUCUUGACGUUGCUCUACUGUCAUGUGGAUUAGACCUCUAAGUGGAAGGCUCGAGGUGUGAACCCCUAAGAUAACCACCUGCUUCGGUUUGGGUAUCCGUGCAGUAUUCUAGCUCCCACACAAAUUGAAUGACAAAGUGUAGCGCAUAUAUAUUUUUGGCGCCUGCUUGUACCAUUAUUUAUGUGUGUUAUAUCCCAUUGAGAAUAAUAAUGAAUGGUAACUGUUGUGAUCUAUUUGUGGACUAAUCCUAUACCUUUUUUAUCGUAUAAUUCUUAAGUAACUAAACUAUACUUAUUCACGUUCCUCUUAUUUUAAGCAUUAUUUUGACCUAAAGACUAUUAUUAUAUGAUUUACCGUUCCUGAGUUAUGCCCAGUUUAUCAAUUAUUAUCCAAUAUUCACAGCCACUUUUGGCUAGAUCUUGUACAAAUAUUGUUCCCUAUUGUGUGGUACGAUGUAGUCUGUUUGGAAUACUUCAUUUAUGUUGCAUAGGCUGGGAUUGGUUUUCUGAACUCAACAGGCAGGGCUAGGAAGAAAGAAGGACCAAUAAGGACUCUAGGC